AUGCGAGGUCACACCAAAAUGGUGCGACGCCACUGAGAAAGGGAAUAAGUGAGAAAAUUUUGUCGAGAGCACCAUUCCGAGCGUCGUCUUCCUUCCACACGCCGUUCAACAGUCUUCUCGUCGGUGCCAUCACCGGUGAUUUCUUUCGCCGAUUUCGGUGUGGUCCAAAUGGCGAAUGGAUUGCAGAACUGGGUACUAAUGGUGACUGCUCAGACUCCAACGAAUAUCGCGGUCAUCAAGUACUGGGGGAAGAGGGAUGAAACCCUAAUUCUUCCUGUAAACGACAGCAUCAGUGUAACGCUUGAUCCAGAGCAUCUUUGCACGACGACCACUGUUGCUGUUAGUCCCAGUUUCGAGAAUGACAGGAUGUGGCUCAAUGGGAAGGAGAUUUCCCUCUCUGGUGGUAGAUUUCAAAACUGUCUGAGGGAAAUCCGAUGCCGUGCAAACAGCGUUGAUGAUGAGGACAAGGGGAUCCACAUUAAGAAAGAAGAUUGGGACCGAUUGCACGUACAUAUUGCUUCCUAUAACAACUUUCCGACUGCCGCUGGAUUGGCUUCUUCUGCUGCUGGUUUUGCUUGUCUUGUCUUUUCCCUUGCAAAACUAAUGAACCUAAAAGAAGAUCAAGGAGCACUUUCUGCUAUUGCAAGGCAAGGAUCAGGCAGUGCUUGUCGUAGUCUGUAUGGGGGAUUUGUCAAGUGGGUGAUGGGAAAUGAUGAUAAUGGAAGUGACAGCAUUGCUGUUCAACUUGCAAAUGAGGCACAUUGGGAUGAUCUUGUUAUUAUUAUUGCAGUGGUAAGUUCACAGCAAAAGGAAACAAGUAGCACUACAGGAAUGCGUGAGAGUGUUGAAACUAGUGCUCUUUUACAUCAUAGGGCACAGGAAGUAGUCCCAAAGCGAAUAUUGCAAAUGGAAGAAGCCAUUAGAACACAUGAUUUUCCAUCCUUUGCAAGAUUAACUUGUGCUGACAGCAAUCAGUUUCAUGCUGUUUGCUUGGAUACUUGCCCUCCCAUAUUCUACAUGAAUGAUACAUCCCACAGGAUUAUAAGCUAUGUGGAAAAAUGGAAUCGGUCUGCAGGAACACCACAGGUGGCUUAUACCUUUGAUGCGGGGCCCAAUGCAGUUCUAAUUGCACGUAAUAGAGAGGUUGCUUCCCUUAUGCUUCAGCGGCUGUUGUUUUAUUUUCCCCCACCUCCCGCUACCGAACUCACUAGUUAUGUACUUGGUGAUAAAUCAAUACUAAAAGAUGCCGGUCUUGAGAUGAGGAAAGAUGUUGAAGCUUUGUCACCACCUCCAGAAACCAAGGACAAUAUUCCUUCCCAAAAAUAUGCAGGUGAUGUUAGUUAUUUCAUCUGCACAAGACCAGGGAGAGGUCCAGUGUUGCUAGCUGAUGAAAGUCAAGCUCUUCUCCACCCUGAAACUGGGCUGCCGAAGUAAGUUAUAUGAAGAAAAUAACUUGUGUUGUCAUGUUUGAGUCGUCUUCUCAUGGAUUUGACAAAGAUCCUAAGGCUCCUGCCGGGUUGCUGUUGGAUACCAACAUAAAAUGCUUGCAAUAUUGAAUUUUCUGUAUUGUGAUACUAGUCCUUGAAAUGUAGUUUAGAAUUUCUCCUUAAUUCUGUCAAGAUUCCGGUAUCCAUCUUAGUGAGGACAAAGUCAGAACCGUUUAUGUCAUCUUUUAGUGUUUUGAAUUACAAUUCAGAGUUUGAGAGCGUCAGUUCCUGUUUUGUGCUCAUUUCAUUUAUGGACAGGGUGUUUUUCUUGAUUUUUCC